AUGCUCAGCAGAAUGUCAUACCAAGCUCCUCAAGGCCCUCCUCCAGGUCAAGGCAACCAGAACCAGAGCUACUACCAGGGUGAAAAGGGAAACAUGUACCAGCAACAACCGCAACAGGGCUACUACCAGCAGCAACAGCCUCCGCAACAGUACUACCAGCAGCAACCGCAACAGGGCUACUACCAGCAACAGCAACCGCAGCCUGUCUAUGUUCAGCAACAGCAACCGCAACAGGGGAGAAACGACGACUGCUGCAUGGCGUGUCUUGCUGCCUUGUGUGUCUGCUGCACCCUAGACGCCUUGUUCUGA